AGAUAAUACAGCAGCGGUGUAUUGCUAUAAUUUUUGUACUAGAAUGUAGAAAUUUCGCUGAAUAUAUAACAUAUUGUAAUUUUAAACUAAAACAUAGAUAAUAAAAAUCAAUAUGUGGUCUAUAAUAAUUUUAGUAAUAUUCUCAAUUAUUGCUUUUCUCAUUACCGAUGAAUUGAUACCCAAUUUGAAGGAAUUGUUCAUAAAAGCUGGUUUAGGUGGCAUAGAUUUAUGUAAAACUAGCAAAGAGAAAAUUCCUGAAGCAUUGGGAGUAGUCUCAGGAUGUGUUUUCCUGGUGACAUGUUUUUUAUUUAUUCCCAUAGUUUUUGGCAACAGCCUUAUGGACACUGCAAAUUUUCCUCAUAAUGAAUUUGCGGAGUUGCUAGCAGCCCUCCUGUCCAUAUGCUGCAUGCUGCUGCUAGGGUUUGCAGAUGAUGUGCUAGACCUGCGGUGGCGCUACAAGCUACUGCUACCAACUAUAGCAUCCUUACCUUUGCUGGUGGUGUACUAUGUCAAUUUCAACUCUACUACAUUCAUUGUGCCAAUGCCCUUGAGACAAUGGCUUGGAGUAUCAAUUAAUAUUGGUUUCCUCUACUACAUCUACAUGGGGAUGCUGGCAGUAUUCUGCACAAACGCUAUCAACAUCCUAGCAGGCAUCAACGGCCUGGAGGUUGGCCAGUCUGUGGUCAUUGCCGUCUCCAUCAUCAUCUUUGACAUCAUCGAGUUGAGGGGAGACCAGUACAAGGCCCACACAUUCUCACUGCAUAUCAUGAUACCUUACCUGACUACCGCACUAGCGUUGCUGAAACACAAUUGGUAUCCGUCCAGAGUGUUCGUCGGCGACACGUUUUGCUACGUCUCCGGCAUGACCUUCGCCGUCGUCGCCAUCCUGAGCCACUUCAGCAAGACAGUAAUCCUCUUCUUCAUACCACAAGUCAUCAAUUUCCUCUACUCAGUACCCCAGCUCUUCCAUUUCAUACCCUGCCCCCGCCAUCGUCUCCCUAAAUACAGCGCAGAGCUAGACUUACUACUACCUAGUAGAACUGUUAUAAUUAAAAAAGAAAUGAAAUUAUUAGACUCUUUAAUGCUUAAAAUCUUAACUGUACUACGCUUAGUAGAUAUAAAAGAAGACAAUGAAAGCAUAACUAUCAACAACUUGACUUUAAUAAAUUUCUUUUUGAUCAAACUUGGACCUAUGUCGGAAGUUAGAUUGACGACGAAUUUGAUGCUGUUCCAAGUUUUAUGCACUUGUAUCGCAUUUCUAAUCAGAUAUCCAUUGGCGUCAUAUUUUUAUGACACGUAAUUAGUAAGCAUAUUUCCGUUUAACUUUAAGAUUUAGAUAAAAUACUAAAUGAAUGUUUUUAUGAGCGUUAUUUUCGUUAUGUUAUUUAUAUUUUAAACGAAUAUAAUUUUUCGUGUUAUUAAGCUCGUUUCCAGAAUUUAUGGUUACCAAGCAUUGACAUAUAAUUAAGGACGGGUCUUACGGACGCUAAAUGGUGCUAGUUCAGUGGAGUCACUAACGAAUUCGAGCCAAUAGUGCAGUCUGCAUCAACCAAUCGCGUUGUGCCGUUAUACUGCACGAUUGGCUUGAAUUCGUGUGCGUAACACCGCUGUACUGGCCCCAUUCUUAUUGCCCGUAAGGCCCGUCCUUAGAUAUAUGUCAAUGGUUACCACAUUCACUGCCAAGAACACGCUAGGUGUGUUGGAAGGGCGCUUGGCCCUGAAAGUUUUAAACUGAUCACAAUCGUUGAAACAGUUGACUAAUCAUCAUAUUAUUAUGUAGAACAUUUAAAACUUACGCGUUUUAAACACCUAUUAAGAGCCGAUCAACGUGCUCACUAGCGCCACUGGAAAAUAAUUAUGAUUGUUUCAAUUUAGCGAUAGAUAUUUAAAAAAGCGGCCAAUUGCGAGUCGGACUCGCCCAUGAAGGGUUCCGUACCAUUUAUGACGUAUUAAUAAAAACUACUUACUAGAUCUCGUUCAAACCAAUUUUCGGUGGAA